AAGAAAACCAAAUAGAGUGGUAUAAAAACAUACUGCUAGGGUUUGGAAUCGAUUUUGCCAUGGCCGAUGGGGAAGUAACUGUACCGAAGGUGGAUAAACCCUUGCUCGAGGAGGCGAACGGGGGUGUUAACCUCACUGAAACGGAACCAUACGUUUCCCAUCCGGAACCGAAUGUGCUCAACGAAGCCGGUACCGGGCUUCCAAGAACCUUUGAUGCAUUGUCUCCGGAGACCAACAUGGAAAUGGAGACGGGACAUAGAGAGGAGUCUAUCGCUGAUACGGUUGAUUUGAGAAUUGAGGAAGGGACUGGAGAGGAGGCUGUAUUUGGUAUGGUUAAUCCUCCCAUGGAGGUGGGAGUUGGAGAUGAAGGCGCUGCCGAAAUGUUUAGCUCUCGUAAUGAGGGGAGAGAGGAAGAGGUGUGGGCGAAAGAGGAGACUGUUCUUAAUAGCAAUGAUGAUACGCAUAAAGAGGCCGUGGUAGAGGCAGCUCCGGUUGUGACAUCAGAAUCUAAGUCUCACGUGCAGACUGAAGUAAGUGCCCUUGAGCAUCUGGAACCAGAAAGUGGAUGCGAGACCAUUGUUACUACGGGCCAGUCACUUAAUGAAAUUGUGCCACACCCGGCUCCAGUUUUAGAACCAGACAUUGAACAUGCGUUGGAUAUUGAGGUUGGAGCAGCCACUGUUUUUGCUUCUUCUGACAAUUUUCAGCUUGAUGGUGAUAAUUCUGAGGCAGUGGAUUUAAUGGUUACAGAUAUUCCAACCAGUGAAGCUAAUAGAGACUUGGAGACAGAUGGAAACACCACAACAAAGACUGGAGAUGAUGUAGAUGCUUCAUUUCCAGCUGUGGAAGCUACUAGAGAAUCAGGAACCGAUGGGGAAAGCGAAAGGAAGGUCGAAGUUGAAGGGGCUGCUUCAUUUCAACCCAUGGAAGCUGAUAAAGAAAUGGAAACAAGUGGAAAUGAGACAACAAUAGACAAAGAAGAUGAACCUGAUCCAUUUCCGACUGCGGUAGCUAGUAGAGAAAUGGAAACAGAUCUAGAAGAUGCAACAAAGUACAAAGAAGAUGAAGCUGCUUCAACUCCAAGUGAGGAUGCUAGUAGAGAGGAAACAGAUGGAGAGGAGGCUACAAAGGCUGAAGAAGACGAAGUUGCCUCAAUUCCAAUUGUGGAAGCUAGUAGACAAUUGGGAACAGAUGGAGAGGAGGAUAUGAAGGACGAAGAAGACGAAGUUGCCUCAAUUCCAACUGUGGAAGCUAGUAGAGAAUUGGAAACAGAUGGAGAGGAUGAUAUGAAGGCCGAGGAAGAUGGAGCUGCCUCCAUUCCAACUGUGGAAGUUGGUAGACAAUUGGAAACAGAUGAAAAGUACACAACAAAAGCUGAUGAUGGUGAAGAUGACUCAGUUCCAACUGGGGAAGCCAGUAGAGAAUGGAAAACAGAUGGAGAUGAUGUAAUGGAGGCUGAGGACAGGGAUAUUCCUUCUGCUCAAACAUGCGAGGAUUCACAAGAAGACCCUCAAUCUGGAGAAAACGAGGUGACUAUGGCUGAAGAGACUACUAUUGCAGAUACUGAAGUUGAGACUGAAACUGAUGUUGCAGACUCAGGUAAAGCGUCUGUAGGUAAGCGGAAAAAGGGGAAGAAUUCUAAGAGCCCUUCUACUCCUAAGACAACCUCACGAACUCCAGCAAAAAAAGUGACAGAAGAAGAUGUUUGCUUCAUUUGCUUUGAUGGCGGAGAUCUCGUACUUUGUGACCGCAGGGGUUGCCCAAAAGCAUAUCAUCCAUCUUGUGUUAAUCGUGAUGAAGCAUUUUUUCGGGCAAAGGGCCGUUGGAAUUGUGGUUGGCAUCUAUGUAGCAUUUGUGAGAAGAAUGCACAGUACAUGUGUUAUACAUGCACCUACUCUUUAUGCAAGGGGUGCAUCAAAAGUGCUGUUAUAUUAUGUAUUAGAGGAAACAAAGGCUUUUGUGAAAACUGUAUGAGAACAGUCAGGCUUAUCGAAAGCAAGCAGCAACAAGGAGACAAAGAAGAUUCUCUUGUAGAUUUCGAUGACAAGAGUAGUUGGGAGUAUCUCUUCAAGGACUACUAUAUGGACUUGAAAGAGAGACUGUCCUUAUCUUUGGAAGAAAUUGCGGAGGCCAAAAGUCCAUGGAAAGGAUCUGACGUGUCUGGAAAUAGACAAGAGCAGAAUGAACAACAGCAUGACCAUAAUGAAGACGGAGAUUCUGGUUCUGAAAGUUCUGGUGAGAAGGUUGACGCCAAUAGAUUAAAAAGAAGAAAGAUCAACAAAAAACAAAAGUCCCUUUCAAAAGAAGAUGAUAUGACCAGUUCGCCUGUAAUUGCUGGAAGUGUAGGCACAUCUACACCUAGCAACAGUGAGUGGGGAUCAAAAGAGCUGAUUGAUUUCGUUAAGCACAUGAGAAAUGGUGACACCACAGCAGUUUCUCAAUUUGAUGUGCAGAGGUUGUUGCUCAUGUAUAUAAAAAGAAACAAACUUCGAACUCCAAAUAAGAUGAGUCAAAUAAUGUGUGAUUCAAGACUCCAAAGACUAUUUGGAAAACCACGCGUUAUGCAUUUUGAAAUGUUAAAAUUAUUGGAGUCUCACUUUCUUCUAAAGGAGGAUUCUCAUACUGAUGAUGCCCAUGGUACUGUUGUUGAUACCGAGAUGGAGGCAGAUGAAUAUCAAGACACACCUGUGAAGGAAGUCAAAGACAGGAAACACAAGCGCAAAAAGGGCCAUAAUCGAGGACCACAAUCGAAUCUCGAUGAUUAUGCAGCUAUUGACAUGCAUAACAUUGGCCUGAUAUAUGCUCGGAGGAAAUUAAUGGAGGACCUGCUUGAAGAUGAGGAAAAGUUUCAGGACAAAGUUGUUGGUACCUUUGUGAGAAUAAGGAUCUCGGGUAACAACCAAAAGCAAGAUCUGUACAGACUUGUUCAAGUCAUAGGUCUGAGCAGAACUUCUGAUCCAUAUAAGGUCGGCAAGAGAACAACUGAUAUCAUGCUUGAGAUCUUAAAUUUGAACAAGACAGAGCUCAUAUCCAUUGAUACAAUCUCAAAUCAAGACUUCACUGAGGAUGAAUGCAACCGUUUACGACAAAGCAUGAAAUGCGGACUUGUUAAGAGGCCCACAGUGGGUGUGAUUCUUGACAAGGCCAUGGAAGUGCAUGAAGCAAGAGUUAGUGAUUGGUUGGAAUCAGAGGUCCUGCGUAUAACAAAUCUUCGAGAUCGCGCAAGCGAAAAGGGGCGCCGUAAAGAACUUAGAGAAUGCGUGGAAAAAUUAGCACUUUUGAAAACACCUGAGGAGCGUCAACGGAGACUGGAUGAUAUUCCGCAAAUUCACGACGAUCCAAAAAUGGAUCCAAGUUAUGAGUCUGAAGAUGAUGACAACAUUGUUACUGAUGACUAUAGACGAGAUAGUUAUACCAGGUCAAGAGAUUCAAGCUUUAACUGGAGAGGGAGAGAUCCAAUUUCUCCUCGAAGCAACUUUUCUCCCAAAGAUCCAUACAUCAGUGUUGGUAGUAAAAUGCAAUCUAAAAAUUGGGAACCAGAUAGAUAUUCGUCUAGUAAAAAUACAUUGGCCAAGGGUGCAGAUGCUACACAUGCAAGUGAAAUAAUCAAUGAAAAUUCAUUAGGUCUAGGAAGAGGAGAUAGAGACCAACUUGAUUAUAUAAAUAUGGAAAAGGGGAAUUCUACAACUACUAUUUCAAGAUCUGCAAUGACUUCUGGUGGUGUAGUACCAAUGUCUUCUUCUCCUGUUACUCCCACAACAAAGGCCACAGAUAAUGGUGGUGGGGCCAAAAUCAAUGAAACUGAAAAAAUAUGGCAUUACCAGGACCCUUCUGGGAAAAAUCAAGGACCUUUUUCUAUUGUCCAGCUUCGGAAAUGGAACAACACUGGAUACUUCCCGGCAGAUCUGAGAAUAUGGAAAUCAACAGAAAAGCAAGAAGAAUCUAUCCUUCUAACUGAUGCAUUGGCCGGAAGGUUCCAGAAAGUGACUGAAAAUAAAAUUUUGGCAGGUGUUGUACUGCAAAAACAUGAAGGAGAAAGAUCAAAUCUUGACCAGACCCUUGUGUCUCCAAAUGCUCCCAGUGGUUUGGUUCCGGCUGGAGUUAGCGGUGAAAUGUGGGGUGGUAAUGACUCGUUCAACCUUCCUUCUCCCACUCCUAAACAAACUAAUAAUGCACUUCCAUCUCCAACUUCAUUUCCUGGUGAAAAUCACAUCUCCGAGCCGUCUCGUUUGGUGUUGCCAGCUGGCGUUCCUCCUCUUUUGGCUUCAUCUGUGAGUGCUGGUGUACAGCCAUUAAUGAACUCUGAAAACGCUUUGACACAUUCCAGUACCGGCUUUAGCCCUAUGACAAACACUGCAAUAAGUGAACCGCCAGCUACCAUGAUGAUGGUCCACAAUCAACAUGCAGCCCAAGACCCAAAUCCGCAUCUGGUUCAGAACCCAAACGUAGAUGCUAAUGUUUUAUGUACUGUCCCUACAACACCUGGGCAACCUCAGGGUGGGUAUGGUAACUGGGGUGGUGGUAUUAUGCCUGCUGUUCCAAACCUUGCUUCUACGUUCUCGAAUACAGGUGGUGUUCCAGCUUUGCCCCAACCUGAGUAUUGGAUGGGUCAAACUCAGGGUAGUCAACCUAAUAUUCAACCCCAACCCAUGCCUAAUUUACAAUGGAUGCCACAAAAUGGUCCUGCUGCAGUAUGGGGAACAAUGCCGCAGGGUAACCCAAACAUGGGUUGGGUUGGGCCUGCACCAGCUAUGAAUAUGAAUUGGGGAGCCCCUGUUCAAGCAAUGGCCGCACCCAAUGUGAAUCCAGGUUGGGUAAUGCCUACUGGACCGUUUCAGGUGAAUAUGAAUCCCGGGUGGGUCCCACAACCAAUGGCCGGUAAUCCCAGUGUUCCAGCCAUGGCUCCCCCUAAUGCAAAUCCGGGUUGGGCUACCCCAACUGCUUCAGGUCCUAGAGACAAUUGCCCUCAGGGUGGAGAUAAUACUACUGGCUUCAAUGAUGGAAGGUCUUGGAAUAAUAGACAGGCAUCAGGUGGUGGUCCACCUAGAGGAGGGUUUAAUAAACGUCAAAUGCUAUGCCCCUACAAUACAGAUAGACGGUGUAGGAAAGGGUCUCGGUGUGAUUAUCGUCAUGCCUAGUCAGAAAAAUUCCCAUAGUAUCUUAUUUCUUUGGUGGAUAAUAGAUGGAUUAUGUACAGUAUUUUUUUUUUUUAUUUUAUGUUUUCAAUACCAUAGGCCAUUUUGAGCUUUGAAGAUGUAAACGCUGAGCACAUUAGGGUACAACUUUUUUUGUGCGCCAUUUGUUUCCCGCUUCAACAUUAGUACCAGCAAUAUGCUGUUUUUUGGUUGAUUUGUUUGUAGGAGCGCACUGGGUAACUGGUGGAGCAAAGUGUAGGUUCAGAAAUCAGAACUCUUAGGAGGUCCAGCUAGGAAUAGCCUUCAUUCAUUGCGUAUUCAUAGUCUCUCGUACUUUGUUUUUAAAAUUUUAAAAUAUCAUUAAUAAGCUAUUACUGUCAUGUUUGAAUAUACAAGUGCUUAAAAAUUUUUUUUGCCAA